CUUAAAUGUACCGUGCAACGCAGUAUUGUUUAAAUGUUGGUGAAAUUCGUUGAAAUAACAAUAUAACUGCGUAAUAAUAUUUACAAACCAAGAAGCUAGUAUCAGGUUGGACUGACUGAUGCUUAUAGGACACAAGGCAGUUCGGGUAUGAGAGUGGAAUGUUUUCACCAUCAAUGGAACAGCACAACACAUACGAUCUUAGGCACAUAGGUGCACAAGAACUGAUGAGGAUUGCUCGGACCAGCCAUGGUGAAAUUGUCAGAUUGAAAGCACAUCGAAGUCCGAUUCAGGAUAUUCUACACACUAGGCAAUGGCAUCAUGUAUUCUUGGUGUUGGCGAAUAAUUCGGUUUACAUUUUUAACGACGAGGAUAGUAAAGAUGCAGCGAACGUUUUCCCCGUUAAAGAAUUUAAAAGUGUUGAGGACUAUAAGGAAACGGAGCCUCGCAUCGUACAAGUGCUCUUUACUGAGCCCAACCGCGAAAGUCUUAUGUUCAAAUGUGUAUCAACAAAGUCAAGAGAGAUAUGGUAUUCAAAAUUAAAACAAUCUGUGGAUGACCCAAAGUUUCGAGACUCCGGAUAUAUAACAAGCCAAUAUUCCAGCACUGCAUCUUGGCCAAGCACUUCUGAAGCAGGGAGCACCGGGUCGGGAUAUGCUGAUGUUGGUACACGUGAUGAUUUGGGUGUGGCGAGAACUGUGAGGAGGCAAUCAAGUCCUUUGUUGAACAUUACAGAAUACUCUCGGUCGGGUUAUGCAGCUGUUGUUACACAUGGUACGCUAAGAGGGCGGAAGACUGAGAGGCGGCAAUCCAGUCCUUCUGUUUUAGACAUUACAGAUGAAUCUGGGUCGGGUUAUGCAGUUGUUGGUACACGUGAUGCGUUGGACGGGGCGAGAACUGAGAGGCGGCAAUAAAGUCCUUCUGUGUUAGGCAACACAGGUGCUUACUGCACUGACGUCACUGUUAACAAGGAGAUAUUUCCCAGACAUCAUGUUAAUUGGAGUUAAACGGAAGAUACAGAGAGUCUACGAUGGCUGAUACUAUACAAGGCCAGUUGCUCUUGCGGCGUAAACUACAGACCAAUGAUUCCCAUUAUAAUACUUAAUGCGUCUCUAACGAGGUCGUAUCUUAGGAAACAGGCAGCGUCUGUCGCAUUACUGUUAUUUCUGUGUACAAUACGUGUCUGUAGUAUAUGUGUUGUGCUAAAGUUGUAUUGGACACUAAAUGGAUAGGUCAAGCGCUGUCAGAAAGCACUUGUUUGAUUAGUUUUCGACCAUUGCUGUGCGCUUAUGGACAUCAACCUGUUAUUUCAUAUCCCAAGAACGAGAUUUACUCCAGUACCUCAUUUAACAAGUUUUCAGGAGAUUUGCAGCGUCAUUCUGAUGGGGUACUGGUGUGUCAAGUAAGAUAGUGUAUUUGUUUUAAUAAUAUAUGCGGUGUGUUGGAAGAUACUAAAGCAUUGCAUUCUGAGUAUUCAAUUGUCCUCAUAUGUAUGUGUUUCCACGUUUUUUAAUAAUAAUUUCUGCGAAUGUUGCUAUUUUUAGCUGUAUUUGCGUAAAAGGUUUUCGAUAUCUACAUAUGUUCACUAACGGCUUACGUUACGAUACGAAAAGAAAUAAGUCUUCCUUAGUCAAUUUCUACUUGUAUGAAUUCAUUUCCUGAACCUGGAUCUCGAUUUCCGUAUUAUAUGUACUAAUCAGUCAAUUUAUAUGGCUACCGAUAGCAAGAUUAAACAUUUAGACAAACGAGAUGUAUCGGAGCAUAUUGCGGAUAUACACAACUAAAAAUCGAUUGCUACGAAGAGAAUAGCGUUUCUAGCAAAAAGCACAAAUAAAGUUUUCUUAGACUAAAUUAUUCCCCUAAUGUGGUCACGUUUGAUCUGGUCAUCCUCCGUGGACUACCCCUUUCUAACGAUAUGUACCAGCGAUAACGUAGAUGAUGUUAGUAUAGAUGACUUUUGUAUAGGUAUGUUUUUGUUUGUAGCUGAUACUGUGUUAUUUUUAUAUACUGUUGAUUGUUUUCAAACAUAUUCUGUUUAAUUUUUAUAAUACGUGAGGUAUAUCUGUCAAUAUUAAGAAAACUUGUGUUGUGUUUGGCUCCUUCUAAUAUGUCCAUUUUAUCGUGACCUCACUUGCACAUAUGAAGUUAUUUGUAGAUAAUGAGUACAGUAGUAACGAGAAUUGCUUAUCAAAAUUCAUGGUAUCAUUGUAGUGUUGUGCAUACGUCAUACGGUUGAUAGAUAUGUAUUUAAGUUAUAACUCAUAACCGAUAAAGACAAUUAUAUUAAAUUAUAUGAAUAUAGUUGUUAAAUCUGUGAAUAUAUGAAUAGAGUCAAUCAAUCUGUUCCGCCAUACAUGUAUAUAUAAGUCAUUGUAUUACAUUGAUUUGAUCACGGGUCAUGUUGGCCUAUUUCAAAUAUGUAUUGUGUGAUAUAUUUCUUUGAAUAAACUUUCUUCUUCUU